CCGACUUCUGUUGCGGUUCUUGGCCCGCUCUCCCUGACGAGGCGUUUUGGUGGACAGGUACUGUAGGGAUCUGGUGCGAAAUAGGAAGAUCCAUGUGUCAGGGGAGUUCGAGUUGAUCAGUCGACAAUCCCGUUUCUGAUCUGAGGCCGACCAACCAGCGCUUCCUAAGCAUAGCUAUGGAGGAGUAUGUGAGGGUGCCGAGGACUUUAGAGGAGAAGCAGAAGGGCCAACGCAUCGUCGUCCUGCUCGAGAAGGCGUGAGUGAGGGCAGCACACAACAGACAGACAGACAAACAGACAGACAGACAGACGGCACGCCAAGAGAAGAUUGGGUCGUUUGGUGCCGCUGGUGCUGUGCUGUGCUGUGCCGUGCUGUGCUGUGGUGUGCUGUGGUGUGGUGUGGUUUAGGUGUUUGGAGACGGUGAAGCUGAAGGAGUCGCAUCAGCUGCUCAACUGUGACGACCACCAGUCGUACCUCGCCAAGAACAAACGCGACAUCGCCGACAUCCGACCGGACAUUGUCCAUCAGGUCGGCCGGUCGGGGGAUGGAUGGAUGCAUUGCCUGGUCGAUGCGAUGCGUGUUGGUUGGGUUGGUUCCCCGGUGCAGUGUUUGAUGACAUUGCUGGACAGUCCGUUGAAUCGCGAGGGUAUGCUGCUGAUCUACGUCCACACGGCGUCCAACGUCCUCAUCGAGGUUUCGCCACAGCUGAGGAUCCCGCGCACCUUCAAACGAUUCGCCGGACUCAUGGGUACGCAACACGCACACACACACACACGCCAAUCCCUGAACCUGUGUGUGUUCAGUUGAGCUGUUGAUGAAGAGCAAGAUCAAGGCGACGGACGGGUCGGCCACUCUGAUGCGGAUCAUCAGCAACCCCGUCACCAAGUACCUGCCACCCGGAGGCAGCAAGGUGGGCCUCUCGGUCGACGGCAAACUCGUCAAGCUUCGCGACUGGAUGCCCAAACAUGUCAACAAAGUCAGACAGAGACGGAGUGUGUGCGCCAUACACCCUUGCACCCAUGUGUGUGUGUGUGUGUGUGUGUGCAGGAAAUCCCCACGACGUUUGUCAUCGGGGCGGUCGCUCGGGGCGAUCCAGGUGGGUCGGCUGACGUGUGUGCAACACUUGGGAGUAGACACAGGGGAUGAAUGCUGCUGCUUGUCUGUCUGUCUGCCCGUUUUGAUCUGUCAGCGAAGGAGUUGGAUUACGUCGAGGACAAGAUUUCCAUCUCCAACUACGGCCUCAGCGCAUCGGUCAGCCCGGCGGGCGCAUUCGCAUACACGGCACAGACAUAGUGACACACUUAGAUGCAGUGCAGUCCACCGUGUCUGUUCGCCGUGCAGGUGUGCUGCAGCAAGGUGUGCAACGAGGUCGAGAACCUGUGGAACAUAUUCUGACCGGUCGAUGGAUGGAUGGAAUGGAUCUGAUCCGCUCUUCCACCCAGGCUCGUGUGUGUCGAGAGACUUAAGGUGGCGUGUGCAGACAGACGUGUGUCUUGAGUUGGCUUCUCCCUUCACCGCUCCAUUCCUGCGGCGACUGGUCGACGCAUCCAGGAUUC